UAAGGCCUCUCAGCCUUUGACAUCACUGACCCUUCCCUUCCGUUCACCUUAUCUCCUCCACAACACUUAGGUAGAUAUGCCCUAAAAUCGGAUCUGAUGUGUAUUCCCGACCCCGCCUAAAAACGCUAGCGCACUGGUGAUUCGAGCGAUCUCUGGUUUCAUCAGAGUCGUUUAUUAUUAUCAGCAGACAACAGAAGUGAGCAAGAAUUCUGUUGGAUGAAGGGAAGUAAUUCACAAGCGCCAGAAAUUAUCUUCGCCAGGAAAUGUACAUCGGCCAACGUUAAUUAUGCUCGCGUUAAGCUGAACUCUUAAUUAUUACUUUUUACCUUUUAAUUGUAUCAUUCUUUUAGAUAAUGAUUUCUUUAAUGACUCAGCUAUGGCUUUUCAUGACCUCUGGCAUUUUAAUUGGAUUUCUCUGUCUUAACGUUAUCCCAGAUAAAUAUAAUCUAAUUCACAAACUGUAUCUGUUCGGUAAAAUGAAACAGUACGUUGACUGCUACAUUCGGUCGCCUUACGAUUUACCAAAGCGCUUUUUCAAACAUUUUUAUCUGUUUGGUAUGUGCAACAGUGGAAUAAUGCUAUGUAUUGUGCUGUCAUCAUCUUUUAUACAACCUUUCACUUCACCAACUGCAUUAUUAGGCUGCUCUUCAUGGUCAGGGCCGAUUGACAACUUUACAACAGUUCUAGUAUUGUCUUGCAUUACUGUGCACACCUGUAGACGCUAUAUUGAGAGUAGAAGUGUCAGCAUCUAUUCCUCAGCAACUAUUUCCAUACUUCACUAUAUUGCAGGCUUUAUUCACUACUUUUCAUUAUCUGCCAUCCCGACACUGGAAUCGGCUGUCAUUUGCAACAAUACCAAACUCACUUUUAAAGAAUUGCACCUCAGCAAGUUGCACCUUCUACAUCUCCUUGGGUUUUUACUUUUUGUAGUUUCUUCUUGGAAGCAGAACCAUUAUUGUAUUAUGCUGUCUAACCUAAGGAAAAAACAAGCAAAUCAAAUAAAGAAUACAGAUUAUUAUAUUCCCGAUGGAGAUCUCUUCAAGUUCAUAUCUUGUCCCCAUUUUCUCAUGGAAAUACUUAUUCAUGUAUCAUUUAGCAUGAUGUCAUAUUUUUCUAAUAUACCUCUGUUAUCUUUACUUUUAUUUGUGAUUACCAACCAAUUAAUUUCUGGUUUCUUGAACCAUAGGUGGUAUAAAAACAUGGUACCAUCCUAUCCUCAAGAAAGAAGAGCAGUUAUACCUUUUCUAUUUUGAUAUAUUUUAUAUAUUUUUAUAUACUUCAUAUCUUUAAAAACAUUAUGCUCAAAAUUUCCUUUUGAUUUGAAAUAAAAUAAAAUUUAUUAAAAUC